GGUCGCCCGGCCCCCGGCCCGGCUAGUGCCUUACCGUCGACCGACGCAUCAUUACGUUUUGUUUACAUUCAAAAAUCGUUUAAAACGAGCAUAUUUACAUCAAAUUAUUCGUAAAAUAAACUUUUUAAUAGUAGAAAGUGAUUAAUUUUAAGUUAAAACGUGUUUUUGUAGUGUAUUUUUGGGGACGGUAGCCAUUUUGGAAUCGGACGCGAUCAAAAUCGGUUCGUGAUGACUGACUUCGAACCCAUAUCCUUUACGUACAAAAAUACAAAGCAACUAAUAGAACUAGUCCAAGCGCACCCUUGUCUAUGGGACAGACAAGCCCUUGACUAUAAGGACAGAUUAGCGAGAGACAGGGCAUGGGAACAGAUAUUUGAGGAGCUGGACCCCCAGUUUAAAGAGUGCAGUGCUACCACUAAACACGACAUAGGGUUAGACCGCUUUUGUUACUAUGUCUGUCCCACUCUAGCUAUAUGUCUAUGGGACAGACAAGCCCCUGACUAUAAGGACAGAUUGGCGAGAGACAGGGCAUGGGAACAGAUAUUUGAGGAGUUGGACCCGCAGUUUAAAGAGUGCAGUGCUACCACUAAACACGACAUAGGUACAACGAUAACGAAGAAAUGGUACAACAUCAGGGACUCGUACGUGAAGUCGUUAAAGCCGGACUACCUCGGGCGUCGGAACCGGCCCUACAUACACGCGGAGCUACUUAGAUUCUUGGAUGAUUGCUAUAUUGAAAAAAUCAACACCAGCUUUCUGAGCAAACAAAGAAGAAAUCCAGAAGAUUUUGAUGGAUUAGAAACCGAAGAACAAGAAUUAGAAGAAACAGAACCGUGGGAACAAAAAGUGUUCGUCACUUUAGAGGAAGAGCCAGCACAGAAGAGAGCAAGAACAGAAUACAGUCCAGAGCAAAGAGAAAAUAAAACAAAUGAAGAAGAUAUCAUAGCUGUCCUUUCUAAUCUAAUACAAAAGGAAGAAGACGAAGAUAGAGCGUUUUUCAAAUCGAUAACGCCAUCGGUUAAAAAGUUGUCUGAGAAUUCGAAAUUUGAGUUUAGAAUAGAAGUGUUGAAGUUGAUAAAAAAAUUAAGGGCCAAAGAUAAGGGUGAGAUGAAAAUAGAGGAAUCAAGUAAUGAUAGUGAUAGUGAAUAA